CCCGGGGCCCCCCCGCCGCUGGCCACCCAGAGGAGAGGGGUGAAGAGGAGGAAGAUGGCUGACAAGGUCCUGCCGCAGAGGAUCCGGGAACUGGUCCCAGAAUCCCAGGCCUACAUGGACCUCCUCGCCUUUGAGCGCAAGCUGGACCAAACCAUCGCUCGGAAGAGGAUGGAGAUUCAGGAGGCCAUUAAGAAGCCGCUGACGCAAAAGCGGAAGCUGAGGAUUUACAUCUCCAACACUUUCACCCCGGCCAAAGAAGAAGGGGAGGGCGGCGAACGCGUGGCCUCCUGGGAGCUCCGCGUGGAGGGCAAGCUGCUGGAGGACCCAAGCAAGCAGAAGAGGAAGUUCUCGUCCUUUUUCAAGAGCCUGGUCAUCGAGCUAGACAAAGAGCUGUAUGGGCCAGACAACCAUCUGGUGGAGUGGCACCGGCUGCCCACAACCCAGGAGACCGACGGCUUCCAAGUGAAGCGUCCCGGCGACGUCAAUGUGAAAUGCACGCUGCUGCUCAUGCUGGAUCACCAGCCACCGCAGUACAAACUGGACCCUCGCCUGGCUCGCCUGCUCGGGGUGCACACCCAGACCCGUGCCAGCAUCAUGCAGGCGCUGUGGCUCUACAUCAAGCACAACAAGCUGCAGGACAGUCACGAGAAGGAGUACAUCAACUGCAACCGCUACUUCCGCCAGAUCUUUAACUGCAUCCGCAUGCGCUUCUCCGAGAUCCCCAUGAAGCUGGCGGGGCUCCUGCAGCACCCGGACCCCAUCAUCAUCAACCACACCAUCAGCGUGGACCCCAAUGACCAGAAGAAGACGGCCUGCUACGACAUCGACGUGGACGUGGACGAUCCCCUGAAAGCUCAGAUGAGCAAUUUCCUGGCUUCCACCACCAACCAGCAGGAGAUCGCCUCCCUGGAUGCCAAGAUUCACGAGACCAUCGAGUCCAUCAACCAGCUGAAGACGCAGCGCGAUUUCAUGCUGAGCUUCAGCAACAACCCGCAGGAUUUCAUCCAGGAAUGGAUCAAAUCCCAGAGGAGAGACCUCAAGAUCAUCACGGAUGUGAUCGGGAACCCUGAGGAGGAGCGGCGAGCCGAGUUCUACCAGCAGCCCUGGGCGCAGGAGGCUGUGGGCAGACACAUCUUCGCCAAGGUCCAGCAGCGUCGGCAGGAACUGGAACAAGUGCUCGGCAUCCGCCUGACCUAA